CCAUAAAAUAAAGCUGUCUGGUUAUUGGUAUGGUAGAAAAUUUUUUGGUUAUGAUUUUUAUUCUGAUGUAUUCAUUGAUGUAAUAUUACUGAAUAUCCACUUUGGCUUAAUAAUGGCUUGCAUAGAACAUUAUAUUAAAGAUGCUGAAAACAUAUUUAAUGAGAUUGUUUUGCGUCAUGGCAAUGCCCAAAACAAUGUAUACAUAGAGUACUUAGCGGCUCGAACUAUCCAGAGGUGGUUUCGAGGUUAUGUCACCAGGAAACACCUUGCGUUCCUGAACAGUUGUGCUACCACGAUACAGAAACACUGGCGAGGAUAUGUCGACCGUAAAUACUAUAAUGAACUCCUGAAGGAUGCAGUGCACAAGAUGUUUUUGGAAUACUAUAACCAAAUGGCAACGAAGAUCCAAAAAGUUUGGAGAGGCCAUCAUGUAAGAACUCACAUAUUUAGCUACUACAAACUCAAGGCCUACAUCAACGAAAUUCUCAACAAGAAUAGAGAGUUCCUGGAGGAGGCCAAGGAUUAUGAAGCACACACCAAGCACUUGCUGCAGAAGAUGAAGCAGGAAGAAUGCCAGGAAUGGUUGUCCUACCUCAGUUUCCGAGUGCAUCAUCUGAUUCGUACACAUCAGAUAGAGGGUGUGUACAGUAACCAUGGCACCUGUGAGUACUCGAAUCUGGAACAACACUUAAAAAAUGCCAAAUUCAAAGACUUCAUGGAUUUAAAACGUGCAAAAGAAAAGCAAAAACAGCUUGAGGAACCCCAACAUAAUUAUAUUUUUGAGGGUAGAUUGAGGGAAUGCGAGGAGGUUUGGUUACACAGGAAUGAUCCGGGAAAAUACAGUUUGGCCACAGGGGAGUAUGGCAGGGAUAAGCAGGAGUACCAAAAGCGCAGGAAGAUAUCACAGAUUCUCCACCAGCACCAAGAUAUACCGAUGAAGUUUCUACCAGUCAGGUAUCAGGACGGAGACUACCACCUGAAUGCCAAGACAUACAGGUGUCCACCUCUUCACAGCAGCGUAAACAAGCGCAACAGUUAAGUUGUGUAGUUAUGGUUGUAUUUACGAAUAAAUAUUUAUAUGUCAUAUCAUAUUUUCAAACCUUACUGUAUGUAACAUUAAAUGAAAGAUAAAGUAAGUGUGUUAGUAAGACAAAGUAAUAAGUUAAAUCAAUAUAAUAAGUAAAACAUUAAUGAGUUAAAAGUUCAAACUUUUUAUAUUUUCUUUAAACUUUGUAACUAGGAUAAAUUAAAAAUGUAUAUAAUCUGUUACAACUGAAUAUUUGAAAAUGUCUGUUUUGAAAACCGAAUAGUGAAGUAAAGACUACUUCAUCAGCA